UUUAUUGUUUUGAUUUGGCUAGUUAGCCGUUUUCUGCGUCAUGGUGGCGACGCGGCAGACAGGAAGGGUGUUGAAGUGAUAGCGCACCUAGAUCGAUUCAAAACUUACCAAACCAAAGAAAAUGAGGAAUGUGCAGAUGACGUACCGGCGCGCCUUUGCUGACGAGGGAAAGAUGUGUCCGAGAUAAGUGAGCUAAUGCUAGUUGGCAGGCUAACGCAGUGUUGGCGACAACAUGACGAUAGGUACCAGCGUAUGACAAGCCACAAGGCACCGGACCAGUCACUUUGUAUUCUUUGUCAGUUAGUAACUGCGCGGAUAAUUUAACCGAUUUCCCGGAAUAGAAAGUAUUAUAGUAAUAAUUCAUUUUUUACAAUUCAAAUACAGUUAAGUUACAUUUCAUUGACUGUCUCUUAAGGACAGUUACAAAGCUUUGGAUACCUGUUAAGUGUUAUAUACACUUAACAUUCAUCACCCUUUCAAUGGGAGAGGAAAAGCCGGACACUUUGGACUUUGUAAAGGAUUUCCAGGAGUAUCUCAGCCAGCAAACUCAACAUGUGAACAUGAUAUCUUGUUCUGUGAGCGGCGUCAAAGAGGGGGACGAGCAACCACCUGACUGUAGCCAAAAUGGGCUGGAUCACCCUUCAGUGGACAUGUCACUGGAGGACAGUUCAGGAAUCCUGGUGGAUGGCUUUGAGAGGACGUAUGAUGGCAAGCUCAAGUGUCGCUAUUGUAAUUAUGCCACCAGAGGCACAGCACGACUCAUUGAGCACAUCCGCAUUCACACAGGAGAGAAACCCCACCGCUGCCACUUGUGUCCAUUUGCUUCAGCUUAUGAGCGACACCUGGAGGCUCAUAUGCGUUCCCACACGGGGGAGAAGCCUUACAAGUGUGAGCUGUGCUCCUUCCGCUGCAGUGACCGCAGCAACUUGUCACACCACCGUCGUAGAAGACAUAAGUUGCUGCCAAUGAAGGGUGCUCGCUCGCUGUCCCAUAAAAAGAUGUUAACUGCCCUGCAGAAAAAGGCGAGUUCUCUGGGCUAUGGUCGCCGCCUCCUCAUCAAUUUCAGUCCACCCUCCAUGGUGGUGCACAAGUCUGACAACAUGAAUGACUACUCCCAUGAGCUGCCCCACCUACGCCAGGGGACCUUUGAUGAGCAGAGUGGGGCAGGUGAGGAUGGGAGCUCCAGGGAUGAAAACCACCAUCACCACCCUGAUCUGGUCAUGGAUAAUCCACUGAACCAGCUAUCCACCCUGGCUGGCCAGUUGGCCAGCCUCCCAUCUGAUGUUCAUGCCCAAACUGAACCCCCUGUGUCUCCUGGAGCCGAGUCUGUGGUUGACGAGAAACCCUUCCUUAUCCAGCAGCCCCACCCAGCCACGGCUCCCGUGGCUGUCUCGGCCAACACGGUUCAUGUCUCCUCCUCCUCCCCCAUCACCCCUGAGCAUAGGCCGCCUCCCCAAAGCAACUGUAGCCCCGGAGUGGGGCCCUCCAGUGAGCACAGCGGGUGCACCAGUACUCCCAGCAUCACCAACAGCCAACCCAGCACCCCGGCUCCAGGCCUACCUAACCCACACCAAGAGCCCCAGAGCCUGCUCCACUGCCAGCACUGUGACAUCUAUUAUCCUGACAACAUCCUCUUCACCAUCCACAUGGGCUGCCAUGGCUAUGAGAACCCCUUCCAGUGCAACAUCUGUGGCCACAAGUGCAAGAACAAGUAUGACUUCUCCUGCCACUUUGCCCGGGGCCAGCAUAAGCAGUGACUGAAUAACUAUCAGUUGAAAUAACUUUUUUUAAGUGAUGGAGCUUUGUUCUAUUAACACCUUGUGAUUUUAUUUAUUGCUUUUAAACGACAUGAUUCUUGCCUUGAUGUAGCCUAGCCUUGAAAGUUUUUUUUGCUCUGACUUGAAUUUGGACAGGCAGGAAGACUUAAAACAUUGCCUACAUGUGAAUGGUUCCAUUUCAUACAAUAUGAGGUGCCCUACAAAUCUACUGAAAAGGGAUGUAGCAGUGGUAAAUGUUUUAUCCAAACAUUUGUAAUCAUCAGCAUUCCUUGAGUAAUAUUUAACCAUUGCUUAGGCGACAUUAACAUUGCAGUGAAGCUGUGUACCUUAGAGUGGUCUAACUGGAGCUCAGUCAGUUUCAUUUCAGAGUGCUUGGUGCAUUCCUAAUCUUUCUUUACAGUGCCUGACAUUUAUUUUCUUUGGUGUUCUUGCUUGACAUGACUAUUUAUAAGAAUUAUAAUUUGAUAUCCUCUACCAAAUGUAGUUAAUUUUGCCAGAGCCAUGCUAAAAGAAUUUGGCCACUGUAGUUUUAAACGAUGGCUGCAUAGCUCUGCUCCACGAAUGCUGCUACAUUACAGUGAAUUUCAUGCCAGCACGCUUCCUUUUAUAUUUUUGGUAGCAAUGUGGCAUCCAUAAUACAUUGUGGCCAAACCCUUUCUAUCAGUGGUUUCUGGAAUGGCCUAAAUCAGGGGAAAAUUAUGAAUGGGGAAUUUUUAAAAUUGUAUAGUUUGUAGUUCUCCAUGUAGUACCCUUAACCUAAAUCAUGGCAACUUUCACGGGAUUUGCUAUAAUGGUGUUAUGGAAAACAAAGAAGAGCUUUUUUUAAAUGCUGCCUUACACAUUUAGACCCUUUGAUAUUUUACCAAGUUAUUUGAUAUUCAGCAUUUUCACUUUUAGAGCAGUGUUGCCUUGUCUUUUAUGUCUCUGUGAACCCUUUUUUUCUUUUUUUCCAGAAUUAUCAAGUAGCACCAGAGAUGCUAUGGUCUAGCCUUUGUGAAAAUAUGCCUUGAUAUCUCCCAUUAAUGGUCUGCAUCUCAGCAGUUCUCUAAAUAUUUACUGAGUAUUGUAUUCUGAGUGGUUGGAUAGAUGUUCAGUCAGUGUCAAUAAAAGGGUGAAAUUCAGUCGCAGAGGAGAUAGCUGCUUUAGCAAAGUUUGUUGUUUUGUAUUGGUGGCUGUUAUGUCUGUUGCUUAGCAACAUGUUUGGAGAAUAUAGUUACUGUUUCUAGGACCAA